AUGUCAUCUGUUACCUCUCUGACAGCUGCCAGUGUAAAAACUGAGUUUGCUGCCAAUAGUGAAGAUUCCAUUCUUCAUAAUGAAGCUCUGAAACAUGUAGAAGGUAGCUUUACCCCUUCAAAUUUCAAAGCUGCCAUCCAAUUGUCCAUGACUUUACUCUUAAUUCUCAUUGGUGUUUUGUUUGUUGUAAACAUUCCUUGGUAUUUACUUCCAAUUUGUUGGAUUUUCUUGGGAUUUUGUGCUUGUCGAUUGGUUUCUGUUGCGUAUGGUUGUUCCACUAAUCAAUUCUUCAAUGUCAAGACACUUCCUGAAUGGCUUAACCAAUUGGUUGGUUUAGUUUGCAUGUUGCCAUUGUUGUAUCCAUUCGAAAAUGUGAAAUAUCUCAAGACCUAUCCACAAGAAAGUUCACAACCACACUUCAUGUUUGGUGCCAUGCUCAAAUUAGCAAAGAGUCCUCUCUGGUUCUUUACCUCAAUUUGGGAAUGCAUUGUUACCAAUAUUUACUUUGACACAAAAGGAAAUACUUUCAAUAAGAUUACCAAUUCCAUUGUCUUGAUUCUAUUCGCAUCUUUCUUUACCUAUUUCAUGGUUUGGUUUGGUGGAUUCUGGACUUUGUUUAAAUAUUACUUGGCUCCAUUGAUGGCUUUCCAUUUGAUCAACUCAAUCAUGAUGAAGAUGAACGAGGCCAAUAAGAAGAAGGGUGAAGAAUUCACUGGUGUUGUUUCUCUUCCUUUGAUUAUCGAAUUCUUGACUAGUUAUUCUUUGAAUAAUUACAAAAUUGCCUUUAAAUGGUAUGGACACUUUUACAAAACAAUUGAAGUUAAAGAUCAAUUGCUUUGUAAACUCUCAGCUGCUGUUCCACAAACUAAAUGGAGAGAAAGCGUUAAGGUUUUGGAAGAAAAGUUUGGAAAGCAAUUGGAAUUGAUUGGUGGUAGAAAAUCUGAUUCUAUUACAUGGUUAGAUUUCGUCUCAUUUAAUGGAAACCAACAUGAAUACGAUUAUUCAGAUAUUGUCGAUUAUUUAGAUUUACGUAAUAUUGACUAUAUCAUUUCCAUCUACUUGAUUGGCUCUAUCAUUGUUUCCAUUUAUGGAAUUUUCACAUGUCCAUUCAAUUGGAAAACAUAUUUAUUGAGCUUUGUUUCCAUGUAUUCGUCUGGUAUUGGAAUUUCAACUGGUUAUCAUAGAUUCUUUGCUCACUUGUCGUGUAAGGCUAAUCUUCCUGUUCGCUUGGCGUUUCUCUUGAUUGGAAGUGCUGCCUUUCAAGGAAGUGCCAUUAGUUGGUCUAGUGAUCACAGAAGACAUCACAAGUUCAUUGAUACUGAAAGAGAUCCUUACAAUAUCAAGAAUUCAUUCUUUCAUGCUCACAUGGGUUGGUUAAUGAAAAAUCGUCCAGUUGACCACUCAAAUAUUCCCGAUUUAACAAGUGAUCCAUACUGUGUCUUCCAACACAAAUACUAUCCCUAUUUGGCCAUCUUCUUUGGCUACGUUUGUCCAACUUUCGUUGCAGGAUACUUUUGGGGAGAUUGGAAAGGUGGUUUCCUCAUUGCCGGAGUUUUAUCCAAAACCAUUCUCCAACAUUGUACCUUCUUUAUCAAUAGUUUAGCUCACUCAUGGGGAGAUGCCACAUUCAACGACGAUCACACAGCUCGUGACUCAUAUUUUGUGAGCUUGUUAACAUUUGGUGAGGGAUAUCACAAUUUCCAUCACACAUUUGCAUACGAUUAUAGAAAUGGAGUUCGUUGGUAUCAUUUCGAUCCUGGCAAAUGGAUUAUCUAUUCAUUGUCAUUGUUUGGUUGGACCUAUGAAUUGAAAAGAUGUGACGAUCAACAUUAUGAGAAGGGAAGAAUUCUCAUGAGGCAAAAAGUGAUUGAUACAAAGAGAGAGGAAAUUGAUUCUGAGUUGAAAGAGUUGGAAUUGUUGAAAUUGAAUAGGGAUAAAUAA